CCAAUUAUCUAAUCGAAUGGACUGGUAUAAAUUUGCGUCGCCUUGGUAACAGUGAACCAGUUCGGCCCAGUUGACGACGACGUGAACCACAUACCACUAAUCGAAAAUGAAGUCCCUUCUGAUCCUCGUCUGCCUUGUGGGGUGUGCCAGCCUGGCCUCCGCCCAGAUUAAGUACACGCAUGCCGUGGCGUUGCAAAAAAUCCAGGCGGCCGGAAUUGGCAUCAGUUCCUCGGGCGGUUGCAGUGACCGGAACAACCCGACCUGCACGUCCCUUGAGAACGUCAACAUCAACACGAUCGACACUGGAUCCGGGGGAAUUACGACGUUCAAGUCCGCGUCCGGAUGCGCCGUCACAAUCACGGGAGGAACUGAGACUGGCCACGCCUCGGGAACUUAUUCCCACUGGAACGGAUACAAAGUUGACAUUUCUUUGAACACGUGCGUCAACAACUGGAUCACGAACACGUACACCUUCAUUGGAAACCGACCCGGCGAUGGGGCCCCGCAAUACCAAUCCGCCGCUGGAAACAUUUACGCCCGAGAGAGCAAUCACUGGGACAUCCUCUACUAUUAGAGAUUUUCAAAAUUUUGAAAUUAUAUUACGAGAUUAGAUGAAUUUUGACGAAAUAAAUAUAAAUAUUUCAAUCGUUGUA